AUGCCCGUCGGCAUCAACCAGCCCUCCAACCAGAUCAAAUUCACCAACGUGUCGAUCGUGCGCCUCAAAAAAGGCAAAAAACGCUUCGAGCUCGCGUGCUACAAGAACAAACUGCUCGAAUACCGCUCGGGCGCCGAGACCGACCUCGACAACGUCCUCCAGAUCCCCACCGUCUUCCUGUCCGUCUCCAAAGCGCAGACGGCGCCCGCCGCCGACCUCGCCGCCGCCUUCGGCCCGUCCGCGCCGCGCGCCGCCAUCGUGCAGGAGAUCCUGCGCCGCGGCGAGCUGCAGGUGGGCGAGCGCGAGCGCCGCGACCUGCUGGAGCGCGUGGAGAAGGAGGUCGUGGCGCGCGUGGCCGCGCAGCUGGUCGACCCCGUCGAGCGCCGCGUCUACACGCCCGGCAUGAUCGCCAAGGCGCUGGACCAGCUCAAGGCCGCGCCCGCCCCUCCGCCGCCGCCGUCAUCGUCCGCGGAGGAUGACAAGACGAAGAAGAAGAAGAUGGUGAUGCCCGCGUGGACCGGCGUCGUGGCCGGCCGUCCCGCCAAGACCCAGGCGCUCGACGCCAUGCGCGCCCUCAUCGCCCACCAGCCCAUCGCCGUGAUGCGCGCGCGCAUGCGCCUGCGCGUGACGUGCGCGACGGCCGUGGCCAAGCGCGGCGCUGCCGUGGUGCGGUCGUCGCAGUCGGUGGUGUCCGAGGGUCAGGAUACUACUAAUAAUAAUAAUAGUAGUAGUACCGGCAAGGGUGCGAGUCGAGCAAAGGCCAAGAAGGGCAAGAAAGCGCAGCAGGUUGACGAGGAGGAUCACCAGCAGCGGACAGUAGUGACGACGACAACGCAGGAAGGACAAGCAGCGGCAGCAGUAGCUGCCACGGUGAAGGAUCGCAUCCUGGGCUUCUUCGAGCAGGUCGAGACGCAGCAGCUGCUGGACGACGGCGAGGAGUGGGAGGUCGUGGGCUUCGCCGAGCCCGGCGCCGUUAAGGGCCUGAGCGACUUCGUUGGCGGCGAGACCAAGGGCCGCGGCCGUGUCGAGGUGCUGGACAUGGCCGUCACGCACGACGACGAUGACGAGGAGGAGGGUGGUGGGUGA